AGAGGUGGAUCUCAGUAGGGUGUGGACACUCGGAGCUUCGUGCCCGUCAGAUCGUCCUUCCCUGGUUCCACACUUCAGUUAAUUCUGCGCUUCGACAGGUAGAGGUGCAUCACACCCCUUUUCCAGGGCGCUCCUGGUAGGGGACGAAGGAUUCCAUCGACGCGAAGAGCCAGAAGGUACCAGAAUGGACGACAUUUUCACCCAGUGCCGAGAGGGCAACGCCGUAGCUGUCCGUCUUUGGCUGGAUAACACGGAGAACGACCUCAACCAGGGCGAUGAUCACGGCUUCAGCCCGCUGCACUGGGCGUGUCGGGAGGGCCGCGCCAACGUGGUGGACAUGCUGAUCAUGAGAGGAGCUCGCAUCAACGUGAUGAACCGUGGAGAUGAUACACCGCUCCACCUGGCCGCUAGCCACGGCCACCGUGAUAUUCUGGGAAAGCUGAUCCAGUUCAAAGCGGACACCAAUGCAGCUAACGAGCACGGCAACACCCCACUCCACUACGCCUGCUUCUGGGGCCACGACCUGGUGGCCGAGGACCUGGUCAGUAACGGUGGUCAGGUGAGUAUCUGCAACAAAUAUGGAGAAACUCCAAUGGACAAAGCCAAGCCUCACCUGCGCGAACAUUUAAAAGAAAUAGCUGAGAAGCAAGGACAGAAUCUGACCAAAGUUCCAUUUAAGGACACCUUCUGGAAGGGAACGACCCGAACACGACCACGUAAUGGUACACUCAACAAACAUGCAGGCAUAGACUACAAGCAGCUCUCAUUUAUGGCCAAGAUCAAUGAGAAUCACUCUGGAGAGCUGUGGAAGGGGCGCUGGCAAGGGACCGAGAUUGUCGUAAAGGUGCUUCACGUUCGGGAUUGGACCACCAGGAAGAGCCGCGACUUUAACGAGGAAUACCCCAAGCUGAGAAUCUUCUCCCAUCCCAACGUGUUGCCCAUGUUAGGAGCAUGUCAGGCACCCCCUGCUCCCCACCCCAUCAUUAUCACACACUGGAUGCCGUACGGCUCCCUGUACAACGUGCUCCACGAGGGCACCAACUUUGUGGUGGACCAGAUGCAGGCGGUGAAGUUUGCGCUGGACAUCGCGUGUGGUAUGGCCUUCCUGCACACGCUGGAGCCCAUGAUUCCUCGCCACUAUCUCAACAGCAAAAGCAUCAUGAUUGAUGAGGACAUGACGGCCAGGAUAAGCAUGGCAGACGUUAAGUUUUCCUUCCAGUGUCCCGGCAGGAUGUAUUCUCCAGCAUGGAUGGCUCCUGAAGCUCUGCAGAAGAAGCCAGAAGAGAUCAACAGACGUUCUGCAGACAUGUGGAGCUUCGCUGUGCUGCUCUGGGAGCUGGUUACCAGAGAGGUACCGUUCGCAGACCUCUCCAACAUGGAGAUUGGCAUGAAGGUGGCGCUAGAGGGUCUUCGUCCCACCAUCCCACCUGGCAUCUCUCCCCACAUCUGCAAACUCAUGAGGAUCUGCAUGAACGAGGAUCCCGCCAAAAGGCCCAAAUUUGACAUGAUCGUGCCCAUCCUGGAAAAAAUGCAGGACAAAUGAGCGACCCCGCCCGUUCCCACAACACUCCGGUUUCCACCUGCCUGCUCAUCCGCACCCAAAACCCCUCACCAGUCUCACUAGUAUUGCACCAGUAUUGCCUUAAAUAUGCCGAGCACCGACGUGCUCUGCGCCACUGUAACCUUUCUGCAUUGAAAAUGUGUUUGUACGUCAUGCCACAUCUCACAGCCUCUCUUGUACUGCGCUUUACAAUACACAGCCAGCCAAUGAUUCUGUGUUUGUGUUUGUAUAGCCCCCUUUCACAUCCCAAACCCAGAAAAUCACUGGGUUACCUUUACAGCCUUUAACGUUCCUGCUUUGUAUCUUUACGUGCAGGCUUUAUAUACUGGGUUGCACCCUCUCUCACUCAAAACACUUGGUACAUAAGUCAUUUUGUUACUUCUGUGAUUUGUGGGGGAUUCAGUCAUUAAUUAGCAUUGGCAAUAAUGCAAAAAUAAGAAUUACAGGACUGACAAUCAAAGAUUUGUUGAUAAUUUUGUUCUCAGCACGAGCAGUAUUUAUUUCUGUACACCGAUCUGCAGAGCUUGUUUGACAUGAGGAGGUAUUGCUGUGAUUAUUUUAGUCAUUUUAGUAGUUUUACAGACUAAACCUGUCCAAAGAAUUCCAGCUAAUAUACUGUACGUCAUGCCAAUGCGGUAACCCACCGCUUCUGACAUUUUGAGCUCUUAAAUCCUGAAUCUCAGCUGUGCUAUUGAUCAAUGAUUGGGCGCCUACACAGAUCAGUGCCUGACUUACUGUAUGCGAUAUUGAUCCCUGUGUGAACCCGCCUCAUGCAGGUGAAAAGGUGGUGUGUGUAUGUUCGGUUCGGCCCUCCUCGGUCAGAGAUACAGCUGGGUAAUUGGAUACGGCUAAUAGAAAAAUGCAUCAAUAAAUAACCGGAUGAUCAAUACUUUAGAUAAGCUACUGUGUUUCUACAUACAACGUACAGAGAUAUCUUCUAGAAACCUUAUAGAAAGCAUAAUAAUGAUCUGUUUAAGAUUGACAGACUUUGUAUUUUGUAUUGACAAACGUGCAGAAAGAUUCACAUAAUUACCAGUAAUGUAUUUUACUCCGGAUGCCCUUCCUGACACGACCCUCCCUAUUUAUCCGGGCUUGAGACCGGCACUACAAUGUACUGGUUUAUGCAUCCUAGCGGCCGGGUACCUGUAGGACAAUUCAGUGUCUCCAAUUAACCUGACUGCAUGUUUUGGGACUGUGGGAGGGAACCGGAGCACCCGGAGGAAACCCACGCAGACACGGGAACAUGCAAACUCCACACAGAAAGGACCCGGACCGCCCCACUUAGCCACCAUGCCGCCCAUUGAGCCACUUUAGUAAUAGUAAUAAAUCAGCUUUAGUUCUGAGCUGACUCAGGAAUUACUUUGCUGUUGUACCAGGUCUCAAUUAAUUCCACAGAAUAUUGACUAUUGUGAUUUUGGCACUUAUAAUGCCGACCCAGUAAAUCCCCAGUACAGGUAAUUAAGUGUGAAAGGGGUUUAUGGAGCUAACCUGAAUUUAUUCUGAUGCCUCUUUAUAGCCGGUUAUUAGUGUGUGCUGGUGAUGAUGAGCAUGUGACACAGUGAAUGUACUAUAGGAUCCAUAACGUAACAGCUAACCACUAGUCCCUCCAUUUCAUCGAUUGUGGUCAUCGCAUUUAGUUCACGGGGCCAUAUUUCAUCUGUAUUAUCUGUGCUUAUUAUCCGUGUGGUAUGUCUUUACUUUGUGAGGUUUUUUAAACCUUGUUGUGUUUCUAAACCUUAAGUGGUAAAGGGACGGUUUCUGUAGUAUUACCUGAGAAAUAUUAGAUAUGCAACGAAUAUUAGGAAAUGAAAGAUUAAAAUUCUGUCAUGUUUGAGGAAUCACAGCUUUUAGGGGGUGUUCUCGACAGAUCUAAGCUUAUUUUAAUCAUGUUUACUGUAAGGCAGGCUGAAAAACCUUGCAAAAAAUCUAAGCAAUUUUAAAGCAGACUUAAUGUCGUAUUAUGCAACUAAUACCAAAUAAUAAAUUGCCUGCUGCAUCUCGGCAGCAUUAAAUACAAUAUGACUGCUUAUUAGGCCCCUGUUGUUUUAUACAGGCCAAAAAGAAGCAACUACAAAUGAUCCGAUCUGUGUUAUUAAUUCAUAUUUGCUCUGCUCUUUUUGAGUUUGUUAUUAUUGUUUAUUAUUAUUAUUAUUAUUAUUAUUAACACUCUUGCAUCAUCUUAUCCAGUCACGUAUGUCCAUGCUUUGUGCUGUCCUGAACUAUUUUAUACUGUACACAUAUGUAUGUUUCUAACAUGCCUCUGCCGACCAUGUGUGCUUUGUUACAGACUUCUGCGAACACUACAUCUAUACACUAGCUUUUCUUUUUUUGCUUUUUCCUCCUGGCAGCUGGUCAGUGUAAAAUAAGAGCCAGUGAUCCAGUGGUGAUAGGAAUAAACAGCCCACAUGCAUAUUAGAACAUUAAAGACGUAUUAUACAAAGAUUUUAUCUGUUAACUUAAGUCUUUAGUUCUGUUUUUGUGCCCUUUUAUUGGUCUUAUUUUAAACAUUUUGGGCUGUUCGUUUUGUUCAUGUUAACAGAAGUUUACAAUCAAACUAAAGACGAGAACAAAUAAAGUAUUUUGGCCUUGCUUAA